UAGCGAUGAGCAACCCACCGAACCCGUCGCCAACGCGUUGGUUUAAAGCGCUGCGAAGGACCAGGCUUGGGGAGCCUUGUAUGAAGACAUAUCCUCUGGAGUGUGUGGAGCUGCUGAAGAGCGCGAGAGCUGCCUUUCAAGCUGGACGCACGGCUAAGAAGAGCUUCAGGCUUGCUCAGCUGGAGGCUCUAGUACGUAUGCUGGUGGAACAUGAGUGGGACUUUGUAGACGCCCUAGGAAGAGACCUUCACAAGCCCCGGUUCGAGACAGUUGUGUCGGAGCUCAUCCCUGUGAAGAAUGAGGCUUUCCAUGCCAUCACCAACCUCCGGAAGUGGAUGCUGCCACAGUGUAUGGAAAGGGACCUUACCACCACCACACUGGAUGACUGUCUGGUGUUGAAUGAGCCGCUGGGAGUGGUGUUUAUCAUAGGGGCAUGGUGUAGUCCUGUCCAGCUGUGCCUGGUGCCCCUGGUAGGGGCCAAUGCAGCAGGUAACUGUGCAAUCGUCAACCCACCGGAGACCACCUCUUACACAGCAGAGAUUUUACAUCGUCUUAUCCCGUCAUGCCUGGACAAUGAGUGCUUCCAUGUGAUUCUUGCUGGCAUGAAUGACUUGGCUGAAAUAGUGGAACUCAAAUUUGAUCAUGUCUUCUUUAUAGGAAACAGAGAGGAGGGAAGCAAGGUGGCUCAGAGCGCUGCUCGCAUGCUCACACCCGUCACCCUAGUUUUAGGUGGCAAGAACCCAUGUUAUGUGGACAAGCAAUGUAACGUUACUACAACAGCACACCGCAUUGCAUGGGCGCGUUUCCAUAAUGCUGGGCAAAGUGUGGUAGCUCCUGACUACAUCCUGUGCCAUGUGGCCAUCAAAGAACAGUUGGUCCAAGCUCUCAAAUGCUCUCUAAUGCAGUUCUAUGGCUCAAAUCCCCGAGGGUCCCGGAGCUUUGGCCGCAUGGUGAAUGCGGAGAGCUUUCACCGCACCAGAGAAUUGCUGUCCAAGUCUGGAAAAGUGGCUCUGGGAGGGCAGGUGGUUGAAGCGGAGAAAUAUAUUGCCCCAACAAUUCUGACAGAAGUGGUAGAAUCUGACCCUAUCAUGCUGCAAGAUGUUUUUGGCCCAGUCCUUCCAAUUCUGACCAUGACGGAUGUGGAUGAGGCAAUUACAUUCAUUAAUAAGCAAGAGAAACCCCUGUGCUUGUAUGCAUACUCCAGCAACAACACGAUCAUCUCAAGGCUAAUGAGUGAGACCUCUAGUGGAAGUUUUUGCUCCAAUGACAGUGUCCUGCAGAGUCUGAUGGUGGGUCUGCCUUUGGGUGGAGUUGGUGCCAGUGGAAUGGGUUCCUAUCAUGGGCAUUACAGCUUUGACACGUUUUCACACAGGAAAUCAUGCCUGCUAAGAAGCACACGGUUUGAGUGUGUCACCUAUCUGCGUUACCCACCCUAUGACGACCACAAUCUGACUCUAAUGACAUGGGCCAGCACACUCUCCCAGAAGAGCCAAGGCUGGUGCCAAAUCAUGUGA